AUGGAUAUCUGUCACAGCUCCUUCCAAAAGGAUAUACAGCGGUUUUGCACACUACCUGUUCCUCCAGCCAGGAGGCCUCCUACACCUCUUUGCAAAGUCCCAGCACCCAACAGAAAACCUGACAGCUACCUCAUGCAGAUUUGAAACAGCAGCAGCUUCCUGGAUGACCCAAAGAUGACAUUUCACUGGGACCUAUGCUAUACCACUGUCCUGAUGUAUGGUCUCUUCCGGUUAGCAAGGAGAGGAGAAAGGUGGUAUAAGAGGAGGCAUUGCAGUCAUUUGAGCUCAUCCUGAAAUCUGCCCUUCUGUAGCGUGUCUACCAACACAAUCUGGGCUUGGAGCAACUAUUGUGGAGUAAUCUGUAAGCAUAAAAUCAUCAUUUGUGGGUUUAUGGCUCAAACACCCAUUGAUGACAUCAACUUUUCAUUCCCUGCUCUGAGAGCUAAGGGUGCAUGACACCCAAAAGGUGUGAAAUAGCACCAGAGGCUUCCACCCACAGCAGACUGGCAGCUCGUCUCUUGUCACUAAUGGUCUCCCUGGAGGAAAGCUUUUGUGGAAAAGUCUCUCCAUAUGUUUUAUGGAGCCUGCAUUACUCUUCCAGCACAAAAUCAGCCACAAGUAUCCUAUAACUAAUUAGUACUCGCUUGGAUACAAUACCAAAGUCUUUUGUCUCUUGAGUAAGUGAAAAGCUGGGCAUGAAGAGUCAGUGCCGAAAGGAAAAAAAUAUGACAAAACAGAUAUCCCCAUGUAUUGAAGAAAUUUUCCAUGGCAAAAGCAGCUAAACAUCUCACAGAUAAGAGAUAAAUUGGAAUAAACAGCUGUCAGUGUUAAAUAAAUAUCCUGGAUAAUGUGCAGAACAGAAAUAACUACAGCAUUGUCGAACUCCUUUCUUCACUUUAUUUAGCUGUUCUUGCAUGUAGCUCCCAACUUUGCACUGCUUCAGUUAGUGGAGCAUUUAUUUUUGAAUCAGCUGCAUUUGUUAAGACUGUAACAACGAAAGGCAUUUCCUGAGAAGCUGCAAGGAUGAGCAGCAAGAAAGAACAACAGCUAAGGAAAUAUGGGACCCUAGUAGUGCUUUUUAUCUUCCAAGUUCAGAUUUUUGGUUUUGAUGUUGACAAUCGACCUACGACAGAUGUCUGCUCGACACACACAAUUUUACCUGGACCAAAAGGGGAUGAAGGUGAAAAAGGAGAUAGAGGAGAAGUGGGCAAACAAGGAAAGGUUGGACCAAAAGGACCAAAAGGAAACAAAGGACCUGUGGGGGAUGUUGGUGAUCAGGGAAUGCUUGGGAAAAUUGGCCCAAUUGGUGGAAAGGGUGACAAAGGAGUCAAAGGCUUAUCGGGGGUGUCUGGAAAAAAGGGAAAAGCAGGCACAGUCUGUGACUGUGGAAGGUAUCGCAGAGUUGUUGGACAACUGAACAUCAAUGUUGCUCGUCUUAACACGUCCAUCAAGUUUGUAAAGAACGUUAUAGCAGGUAUCAGGGAGACAGAUGAGAAAUUCUAUUACAUCGUGAAAGAAGAGAAGAACUACAGAGAAGCCUUGAUCCACUGCAGGGACAGAGGAGGAACACUGGCCAUGCCUAAAGAUGAGGCAACCAACGCCCUGAUUGCUGACUACAUCUCCAACAGUGGUCUCUUCCGAGCCUUCAUCGGGCUGAACGACAUGGAAAAAGAAGGACAGUUUGUGUACGCAGACAACAGUCCGCUGCAGAACUACAGUAACUGGAAGGAAGGACAGCCUCAUGACCCAGCUGGCCGUGAGGACUGUGUGGAAAUGCUCAGCACGGGAGAGUGGAAUGACUCCGAGUGCCAAGUCACCAUCUACUUUGUCUGUGAAUUCCUCAAGAAGAGGAAAUAAAAGUGUUGCGGAAUGUGCUUGGCACCUGCUGUACAUACAGUAACCCCUCCUCAUUCAUCUGCUGUAGGGAGAGCAGACAACCAGGGACAGGGCUCAAUUCAGCCUUCCCCUCACUGGGUUAAGCAAGAGCAACUACUGUUAAGGUGGCAGUGGCCUUAAAGUCAGCACACAUCUGCAGGGAGCAUGCAGCCAGGUGUGAAUUUGUAUUUCAUUUCUAUGUGGAAUUUAGGGUGGGCAUUUCUGUGUGGAAUUUAGGAGCAAAUUUAGAGCAUACAGAGGUGAAUAUGAUUUCACUAAUGCCAGAAAUAGUAAACUCACUGGUAUAUUAAUUACCGCUGUGCUUCACAAAGUCCAUAGGUGGAAAGAGUGUGAUCUUUACUCAUCUUUGACCUGCACAGAAAAUUCCAGUAAUUUCCCUGGUGACUUCAGAGCUGGGAGAACAGAUUUGCAGUUUCUCUUCAAAAAAUCCUUCCUUUGUUAGAAUCAUAGAGUAAUUUAAGUUGGAAGGGAUCUCUGGAGGUCAUCUAUUUGAAUCUUCCAUGCAAAGCAGGGUCAACUUCAAACUUAGAUGAGAAGUUGUUAUAGUCUCCUUAAUUUGGCUGUGCAAUUAUAUUGCUGAUAUGCAGGGGAGGGCUCGCUUAUCUCUGCUUCUAACUUCAUCAUCCAUCAGGCUGGUUUGAGGUGUGAAGAAUUAACCUAGCAAUGGCACUUCUGCAUGCAAGCCUGCACAGCUUGUAGGCAACCUGAGAAUCGAUGGAGUGGUUCUAGCCUCUGAUGUCCCCCAAAAAUCUGUGAAAAACCUAGAAAAGCCUAGGACAAAGAGAACAGUGCAAAGGAAGUAACACCAUUGCUGUAGGCUGUAAACAGGCACAUGUAGUAUCAGCUAUACCAAUGUGCACUGCUGGUUUAACAAGAGAUUCUAGGAACAUGUUAACUCCCUAACUCAGUAGCAAGGACGUUUGAUGUCUAAUGCUAAAAUCACCCGUGCCUUUGCGACGCAGGAAGCAGCUAUAAAACAGGCUUUAUCCCCCAAGAACCCAGAGUCAGGUGUGGUUGAGCAACUUAGUCAUGCACUUCAGUGGGACACUCCACAAAUGAUGAGCAGUAAGUGUGAAGAUUUUGCUGUCAGUGCCCACCUACUCAGAUCUCCAUAUCAGUUUGCCCACAACGGAUCGUAUUUUCAUAUCUUUGAUAAUACUGAAGGAGUUCUUUUCUUCUGACACAGCAACUAUUUUGCCUUCAGAAGUGAGCCUGUUCUUAGUUGUGGUUCACCUUUCCUCACAGCAGGAGAUGUCAAGAGAAACCCCAGGGCCCCUGCAAUGAAGGUCUAUAGAUUUUCUUUCCCACUUGACACUAAAAAUGAAGGAAUGAUAUCUGGAGGCUAAGGAGAAUGCUAGACACUAGGCACAGUGCAGCAAUGUACCCUGCAGGUCACUCUGAGCACCGGUUGCACAUAGUCUUCCUCCGGGUAUACGAAGAGCUGGACAUGCCAUCAGCUAGUAAUGCAGAGGGUCAGCUCCAAAGUUUCCCUUUGACUGCUGUGUACAGCACUGCCAAGGCAACUAGACAACAGUCAUACUUCCUCAACCUCAUCCUCAACAGGGAAAUCCUCCAAACCAUUUAGCUGGUUGCUGGUUUGACUCCAAGCUCAUCUGCAAGCAAUGACCAACACAGGAGCAUCCCAGGAGACUCUGUGACUCAGAACCAUUCUUGUAAUCCAGUUUCUCUGCCACUUUUUCCUCCAGAAAACCACUUGUUGCUACCAACUGUAAAUUAUCUGUGUUGCUACACACCCUCUGCUGAACUAUUCAGACCUGUAAAUGAAGGGGUGGGACCACAUUUCUUUUCAUCGCUCCUCUACUAUGCUAUGAGAGUAUUUGGGCAAACAGGUUUACUUAGGACAACAUAACUCAUCCUGAAUUGUUCCCUUCCUGGGAACUGAUAUUCCCCAAAAUGAAGCAGAAUUACACUUUUUAGGAUCUAUAGUAAUAAACUCAUUAAGCUAAACACUUUGGUUUUAGAAUCAUUAAUGGGUAAUAAUAAAGAAUUAAUGACUAAUUCAA